GUUUAUCGGCUAAAAAAAAAAGAAAAACCUCUCAAAAUUCUACUACUAUAAAAGAAAAAAGAAUAAACUCUCAAUACAAACUUGAUAAACAAAAAACAGUUAAAAUAAGAGAUAACGUUGAUACCAUUGAUACUGAUACUGAAGAUAAUAAUGGCGAUGAUCAAAGAAAUUAUGAAGAAAACUCUCUCAGAAAUUCUAUGGCCAUAAAAGAAAAAAGAAUAAGCUCUCAAUACAACUUUAAUAAACAAAAAACAAUUGAAAUAAGUG